CAAAACGAAGGAUGAUGGGUUCGACGGUGCCUGCCAAAGUCAGAGAGUACUAUAACCAAGGCCAUCAGUGCCUAUUACAAGAGGACUGGGAGAUGGCUGUGCUGUUCUUCUCCCGUGCCCUCCACCUGGACCCCAAACUGACUUCUACGUAUAUCGUGCUGAGGCCUUCAUCCAGCUCUGCGACUUCUCCUCUGCCCUCCAGAACCUCCGCAGGGCCUACUUCUAUGAGCCAGAAAAUGACAAAUACGUGGAUCGGCUGGCCUUCGUGCUCUACCUACAGGUCAAAUAUGGGAUAGAGGCUGAGUUGGGUGAACAUAGACCUGGUAUGGCAGGGGUCUGAGUCGAAGCACCAAUGCCACAAAACACCAGAUCACUCAGUUCUUACAAAGAAACGUUGGUAGCCCAGUGACGUGGCUGAGCAGGUAAGAGCCUCUUAAGCCUGACUACCCAAGUGUGAUAGCUGAGUCACACGGUGGAAAGAGAGCAGACUGCCAGUUUUCUAUGACUUUCGAGAAUGUGCUGUGGCAUGUGCCUGCCCCCGCCCAUACACAGAAUAAGUACAUGUAACAAAAAAGAAAACAUUGGGCCAGACAUGGUGGCACAGGCUUGCAUACUCAGUACUCCAGAAAUUGAGGCAGGAAGAUUAUCAUGAGUUCAAGGCUUGCCCGGGUUGCACUGUUCCUGGCUGGUAUGAGUUACAUUGUGAAACAUUAAUAAGACAAACAUACCAGACAAGGCAGGAGAGCCCUCGAGGCAUUCAAAUAACCCAUGGAACUGUUGAAGUCCCAUGUCCUGCUAGCUCUCUUCCCCUGUGAUCUUCAGGAAGUCACUUCACCUCCCUGAGCCUUAGUGCCUUCCUCUGAAAUGGGGAAGGCUUUCGGGUUCUAGGCCAGAGCCUUGCUGUUUUCACCUGCUGCCUCAUUCUGUCUGGAGACUCUGUGCUGCUGUAUUUCUCCAUGUUUCUUGGUGUUUCUGCUUAGUUCUGCAUCUCUUUCCAUCUCUGUCCAAGUCUCUCUCCCUGACCUCUGCCAAUGUGGAGCUCAGUAGAGCUGGAGUUCUGAGCAGAGCUGAUGGUGGUGUCUCCUCAGGGCCAGUGCCUCUAUGAGCUGUGUGACUACCAGGAAGCCCUCUAUGUCUUCCUGCAAGCCUCCGACCUCCAGCCCCAAAACCCUUCCUUCAGUUACCGAUGCAUGGCCUGCCUGCUGGCCCUCAAGCGGCAUCACGACUGCCUCUCUCUCCUCACGAGGGAAGUGAAGCAGGGCAGGGCCAGCGCUGAUGUCUUCAUCCUGCGGGCUCGGCUCUACAACUUCUUCCAGAAGGCCAACCUCUGCUAUCAGGACCUCCGAAGCGCCUUGCUCCUAGAUCCCAAGCACACACAGGCCAAAGGGCUGCUCCAGAAGAUGGUGGACCAGGCCAAUCAGUCCCUCCAAGAUGCCAGCAUCCUGGCCGUGCAAGGCAAGCUGCACCGCGCACUAAAGUGCGUCAGCUGUGCCAUUGAGAACAAUCCCUUGGACCCCAACUUCUUCCUCUUCCGAGGCACCCUGCGCAGACGGCUCCAGCAGUAUGACCCAGCUGUGGAAGACUUCCUGAAGGCCCUGGAUAUGAUGACUGAAAGCCAGGACAACCUAGUGAAGCAGGCGCAGCGCCAGCUGCUGCUGACUUACAACGACUUUGCUGUGCACUGCUACCUCCAUGGUGCCUAUCAGGAGAGUGUGCUGCUGCUAAACAAGGCUAUCAGAGACGAGCAGAACGAGAAGGGCCUGUACAUCAACCGUGGGGAUUGCUUCUACCAGCUGGGCAACCUGGCCUUCGCGGAGGCUGACUACAAGCAAGCACUGGCUCUGAGCCCACUGGAUGAAGGAGCGAACUUGCGCAUGGGGGUGCUGCAGGAGAAGAUGGGCUUCUGCCAGCAGAAGCACAGGCAGUUCCAGACAGCAGAGGAGCACUUCUCGGAGGCUAUAAGGCACAACCCACAGAAGCCCCAGUACUACCUGCACCGGGCCAAGUGCCGACAGUUCCUGCAGAACAUACUGGGGGCCCGCCAGGAUGUUGCUACUGUGCUGCUCCUGAACCCCAACUAUCCAAAGAUGGCUGCAAUGAUGAACACCCUUUUUCCUGGCAUGACUGUGGAGGGCGCCCUUAAGAGCCGAGUGGCUGAACUGGCUAGGCUCCAGCUAACCCGGAUGAUAGAAAACGGGCCAAGGAGAAACUACCCUCAAAGCAUUGUGUUGCAACGGUUAAUGGAACGCCAGAAAGCCCAAGCCAUGGUGAGGUCCUGGAAGAAGGAGCCUCCUGAGAUCCCCAAAGAAGAGGAAGUGACUAUUUUCCAGGCUCCGGAGGUGGCAAAGGGAAAAAAGGUGAGGAAGAUCCCUCGCAAGAGAACAUCCCUGACAGACAGCUACGUGGACCAGACCUCCUCAGGUUCUGUCUUCAGCAUUAUGAGCAUCAGCACAUCAGGGCCAGAGAUGUCAACCAGCCGGGAAUAUAUGAGCACUUCUCACACACCUAUAUCAUCCUCCGAGUCCAUACUGCCAAAGCCUCAGAAGCCUCAGUCCUCAGGACCCAGGACAAAACUGGAACUGACCUGGGGCCCCAAGGUCAUCGAGGUGGUUUCAGAGUACCUAAACCAGAACGUCACUGAGAUCACACCUGUUUAUGGCAAAAAGGGCUCCACCAAAAACGCAGGGGCCACCCAUGACCCAAAACCAAAGACAGAGGCUCCCAAGGGUCCCAGGAAGAGCACCAGCAGGCAAGAAGCCCUUGAGCGCCCAAAGCCUACCAAGUCCAGGUCUUCCCUGAUCCUAAAGGAGAGAGUAAGAAGGGCUAAGGCUGUUCGAGCCCAGGGCUGGAAACCCAAGACCUGGAGCAGCAGUCAGGUACUAACAAAGAGUUCCAGCACAACCGUCCAUGACAGUGGUAGGAGCCUCAGUAGUGCCAGUGAGCCCCCGAGCCAGACUCCAGAGGCCAGCAAGGAUGGUGAUGACUCCUCAAGCUUCACUGAGAGCACAUCAACACAUCUGAGCAGUGCUGAAAGCUUCACGGAACUGACUAACCUUUUAUCUCAGGAGCCUGAAGAAGACCGAGACUAGCUCACCUCUGGCCAUUAUACUGCUCCCUCAGAGAGCCAGUUGAAGCCCGUGCUGAGCAGUGAGCAGACGCAGCAAAGCUGCCUCCUCCCAGGACAGUGAGAAACCUUGGUCAAUGUUCCAAUACCAUGGCUAAGUUUAUUAUCUCUGCUCUCUUCUCAUACAAAAUUAAAAACUUUGAAAGCCA